AUGGCACAUAUAACUGCAUAUUUUGCAACUCGAGAUUACACAAAACCGGCGAUUGACCGUCGCAUUGCUGAAUUAUUAAAGAGGAGAGUUGCUUUAGAGGGAUUACAGACUGAAACAUUAAAAGAACGUCUUGCAAAAUUUAAAGAGCAUAGAACUGCUAGGCAAGGAUUGCUGAAAGCAGUUCAUAGACAGGUCUUGGAAGUUGUUGCAUUCAUUUUAAACAUAGAUACUGACCUUUUAGAAGAAGGAGUCAUUGAUAAAGAUGAGUAUAUAGAGGUUUUCGAUAGUUUCUUUCAGAAAAAUGGAAAACGUGCAAUUCUUAUACAUUUUCAACCUAUGGAAGCACCUCCAUUGGAAUCAGGACGAUGGAGUCCACAAUAUACUCAUGAAAGUCAGGUAACACGAUGCUGUGUCACCGAUGGCUUCAGUGAACAGUUAUCUGGAAAAUGUGUCAUAGUUUACAGACUAAGAUCAGACAUUGAGUUUGAAUCUAAACAUCUUCUUGAAGACACAUUUUUCGCAUAUGCGGAAGUCGAUCCCAUAUCUCAAAGUGCGCUUGGAGCUGUAUCAGAGUUAAUUUUAAAAUUAAAUUUACCAGCAAUAACUGCUAAUACAGAAUGGGGUGCAUUAUCAAAAGAUGAAGCUGGUGAAAAAGUGAAGAACAACUUUAUUUGCGAUUUUAGAGAUUUCUGUGAAUUUUUAAGCACGACUAAAAUAGAUUUAGAAAAUAUAGUAAAAUUUUACACUGACUGGGAUGUAUAUAAUAAGUACUUGAAGACUCCAGAAGAUACUAAAAAGAGUGCUAGUAAUCCAGAAGCUAUCUGUGCUAUAGAAAAUAAUGUCAGAAUGUGGAUGAAAAGUAUGGAAAGGGCUGUUGUUGAAAGCCAACAAUUGCGCAGAGAAACUGAAACAAUGGGGCCAAAUGCAGAACUCAGUUAUUGGAGACGCCUGCUUGCCCGUUUCUCGUCGAUCACUGAAUAUAUUCAAUCUCCUGUUACUCAAAAGCACCUAGACUUUUUGACAAAAAUAAGAUCAAAGCAUAUGAAGAAAUGGAAGAUGCUAGAAAAUCAUGUUAAAACAAUACAAAUUCUUUCACAAGAUAAUGUAAAAUAUUUGUAUGCAUUAGAAAAAUUUACCCAGCCUUUAUACAGGCUUGAUCCAACAAAAAUGGGGGAAUAUCUACCUCCUCUUAUGUAUGUUAUCAGAAUGAUAUAUGCUACUUCGCGAUUUUUUAAUACAAGAAGAAUGGUUACAGCAGUCUUUGUAAAAAUGACAAAUCAAAUGAUUUUAGCAUGCAAAGCAUAUUUAACAGAAGAUGGUAAAAUAAACAUUUGGAAUGAAUCAAAAUCUGUUAUGAUAUCUAAAAUAAAGGAUUGCAUUAAAUUGUGUGAACAGUAUUUUGAAUAUUACAAUGAUAUGUGCAGACAAGUAAGAGAAUCUAGCGAUGAGAAACCGUUUGAAGUGUCUGAAAUGUAUGUAUUUGGAAAGUUUAACACCUUCAAAACAAGAAUAAUAAAAAUUGCAUCCCACAAAUAUGAUCCAUUGAAUCAUAGAAAACCGUUCUUUAAUACUGAUUAUAAUAAAUAUAAAAAAAGCGUAGCGGAAACAGAAGUAGAAUUAAGAAAUUUCUUUUACAAAUGCGUGUCUGAAACACCUACUAUAACAGAAGCAUUGAGAGUAGUAGCACGAUUUGAAAAAUUGAAGUUUAAACACCUGAGAAUUGACAGAAAGUAUUUAGAGCUUAUAACGUUGUUCCAAAAAGAAAUCGAAGAUGUACGAGAUAGAUACAACGAAGAUAGAUCAGAUCCACCAAUUCCACGAAAUGUUCCUCCAAUUGCUGGUCGCAUUUUAUGGAUUCGACAGCUUUAUAGACUGAUCACAUGGACAUCUUUGAACAUUGCUGAGGCCUGCGAAGAAAUAAGGGAGGCUGUUACAUCUAUGCAAAUUUUCAUUAAAGAGAUAAAAGAUAUGAAGGAAGCUAGGGUUGAUGAAGUGUUUGAAUCAAUUUCAAAAGCAAUAUUGCUGAAGCUUGAUGAUUAUCCAAAACAUCCAAAUGAACUUCUAGAAGACAAUAUUGCCUUUGGACUUGAAGAGACUGCUGAUCUUGCAAUAAAAUCAUCAGCAGCAGAAAAAGCUGUUACAACAAUCAUUAAUAAGUUCAUGGACUUCAUAACUGAUGAGUCUGUUCAAAAUGUUAAAUAUAAUUGGCUGGAUGUAGAUAGGAUAUAUAAACAUAUCUCACAGACAAAAUUAACAAAGGGAAAAUAUGAACCAGGUUUUGCUCCCAUUGAAAGAACCCAUAAAGUUCAAAUAAGCAAAGUGCAUGGUGACUGUAUGGAAUUACUUGCAUAUUUCCAUAAUAAACUUAUAGAGGCUUUAGUGAAAUGCACUAAGAACUCUCUUGACUCACUAAAGAAACAAGUCACUGUGAUAAGUCAUUCAACACAAGACAAUAAUGGCUCAAGAAAGGAAACACCCAUCUUAUUAACUACAUUCGUUUUACAAAUACCAAAUAUUGUGGUAGUACCUCCAUUAGAAGAGCUACAACAUUAUUUUGGAAAAUUAGUGAUUAGCAUUGUAGAGAACCAUAAGAAGAUUGUUGCAUGGGGACAGAACUAUUUUGCUACCUCAUCUAAUGAUAAUGAUGCAUUCAAGAAUUAUUAUCAAGUCAUAUCAGAUCAUAAGGAAAUAGUACGUAGUGUAAUGAGUCUGCAAGGUGCAAUCCUUGCUAUAAAGCAAGAUGUUGCAGAAAUUUCUAAUAGGUACUUAAAAUAUUCCCACAUAUGGACCGACGAGAGGGACAAUAUCGUUCAAAAUUUCGUUGAUUCUGAACCCAUCAUUCAAGAGAUUAAAGAAAAGUUCGUGGAAUAUGAUGAUUUGGUUAGCGAAAUUGAAAAUCUACCAGAAAAGCACAUAGUUGGACCUUUAGAAAUUAGCAUGGAAAAAUUAAAAUUAGCACUUCUAGUUGAAGCACGUAUGUGGAAGACGUUGUUAGGUCAAAUGUUGUCUACAACAUACAAAGAAAAGCUAAAAAGGAUCACCGAUUAUAUCAACGACAAGAAUAAAGUUCUAGUUAGAUCAAUCAAAGAUCUGGAGGAUGUGAGGAUUGCCAUGAAGUGUCUAGGCGAGAUACGAGAUGAUUUUAUAUCUUUGGACAUAGAACUGAUAUUGAUAGAGGAAACGUACACGCUAAUGGGAAAGUUUAACAUUCCUGUCUCAAAAGAAGAACAAGAUAUAGUGGACAGUCUGAGAUACAACUUUACAAACAUGUUGAACACGGCCAAACAAGUUCAAGCAAGGAUAUGUGAAAUGCAAGAACCAUUAAAAAAGGAAUUAACCGAUGGAGUAGCAGUAUUCAAAGAAGCUGUGAUUGAUUUUGAUCUUGACUUUGAGCACCAUGGUCCAAUGGUUGAGGGGAUUCCUGCCAAAGAAGCCAGUGAUAGACUUAUACUCUUCCAAGGUCGUUUGGAAGAUUUAUGGGACAAGUAUGAGACUUACAGCAGUGGUGAAAGCUUGUUUGGUAUUGAGCUGACAGAAUAUCCAGCUCUUAAUCAAAGAAAGAGGGAAGUAAAUUUAUUACAGAAAUUGUACUCUUUAUAUCUGCAAGUGAUAAGAACAAUAGACAGCUACUAUGAGAUACCUUGGUCUGACAUUGAUAUUGAAUCCAUAGUAACUGAACUAGGAGAUUUUCAGAACAGAUGUCGACGAUUACCAAAGGCUAUGAGGGAUUGGCCAGCUUUCAUUGAGUUGAAGAAGAAGAUUGACGACUUCAAUGAAACUUGUCCAUUGUUGGAACUGAUGGCUAAUAAAGCAAUGCAGGAGAGACACUGGGACAGAAUGUCGAAAUUGUGCAAAUACCACUUUGACGUUGAAUCUGAGAGAUUUACAUUGGCCAAUGUGAUGCAAGCUCCAUUAUUAAAGUACAAAGAUGAAGUUGAGGAUAUAUGUAUCAGUGCGGUGAAAGAGCAAGACAUAGAAAGCAAACUACAUCAGAUCAUUGCUGAAUGGGCCACAGUGGACUUGGAGUUUAGUGCUUUCAAGCAGAGAGGAGAACUACUGUUAAAAGGCACAGAAACCAUUGAGGUAAUAGCUAGACUUGAGGACAGCUUGAUGGUGAUCAGCUCACUCUUAGCAAAUAGAUACAAUACACCAUUCAAGAAGGAGAUACAAUUGUGGCAAAAUAAAUUGAGCAACACCUCUGAGAUCUUGGCAAAGUGGUUGAAUGUUCAGAACUUGUGGGCAUACUUGGAGGCAGUAUUCAUUGGUGGAGAUAUAUCCAAACAGCUUCCAGCAGAAGCAAAGCGUUUCAAUAAUAUUGACAAAUCUUGGGUGAAGAUCAUGUAUAGAGCUCGUGAAAGAGUGAAUGCAGUGGAAACUUGCACAGGGGAUGAAACUAUGGGACAAUUCUUGCCACAUUUGCUGGAACAACUGGAAUCUUGUCAGAAGUCUCUUAGCGGAUAUUUGGAGACAAAACGAAGCAUAUUCCCAAGGUUCUGCUUCAUCUCAGAUCCAACAUUGUUAGAAAUUCUUGGCCAAGCAGCUGAUUGUCACACCAUACAGAAAUACCUCGACGGAUUCUUUGACAAUAUUGGAAAAUUAGACUUCCAUGAGAAAGAAUAUGAGAAGAUCAUAGCCAUGUAUUCGCGUGAAAAUGAAAAAGUGGUGUUGGAGAAGGAAAUUUUAUGCACCGGUGGUGUAGAGAAUUGGUUGAACACUUUGUUACUGGUUCAUCAGUCCUCGGUGGGCAGUGUAAUCUCUCAGGGAUUGCAAACCCUUGCCAUGGAGGAGUUUGAUAUCAUACGUUUGAUAGACAAUUCGAUAUUACAAGUGGGAUUGUUGGCUCUGCAAGUCUUAUGGACUCGCGAUGCAGAAGUCGCUUUGAACACAGCAAAACGUGACAGAGGUAUCAUGAAAAGAACGAAUCAGUGGUUCCUUGAUUUACUGAACAGUCUAAUAGAAGUGACUGUGAAAGAUUUAACAAAAUACGCAAGGGCAAAAGACAUAUUCGACGAACUAUGUCGCCUAAGAAUACGUAAUUCGACUGAUUUCGAGUGGCUGAAGCAGAGCAGAUUCUAUUACGACACUGAAACAGAGGAUAUUCCCAUAAAGAUCACAGACAUAGAUUUCAUCUAUCAGAAUGAAUUCUUGGGCUGUACCGAUCGACUCGCUAUUACUCCUCUUACAGAUAGAUGCUACAUAACGUUAUCUCAAGCAGUGGGUAUGAAUUUUGGUGGAGCACCAGCUGGGCCAGCGGGUACUGGAAAAACAGAGACCACAAAAGAUAUGGGGAAAGCCCUUGGAAAAUACGUGGUUGUGUUCAAUUGCUCCGACCAAAUGGAUUUUCGCGGUCUGGGCAGAAUAUUUAAGGGACUAGCCAUGUCCGGCUCUUGGGGCUGCUUCGAUGAGUUUAAUCGCAUCGAUUUGCCGGUUUUGUCGGUGGCUGCUCAGCAAAUAGCCAUCGUGCUCACCGCAAGAAAGGAGAGAAAAGUGAAUUUCCUCUUUAGCGAUGGUGAAAUGUACAAAUUGAACUUCGAAUUUGGGAUAUUUAUUACUAUGAAUCCUGGCUACGCUGGUCGACAGGAAUUGCCAGAGAACUUGAAGAUACAGUUCAGAAGCGUUGCUAUGAUGGUCCCUGAUAGACAAAUAAUUAUGCGUGUGAAGCUGGCAGCUUGCGGCUUUAAAGAGAACGUUCUACUGUCGAGGAAGUUUUUUACUUUGUACAAAUUAUGCGAGGAACAAUUGAGCAAGCAGGUGCAUUACGAUUUUGGUUUGAGGAAUAUAUUGUCGUGUUUGAGGACACUUGGAGCGCAGAAAAGGGCUAAUCCUACUGAUUCUGAGGAAACCACUCUCAUGAGGGUUUUGAGAGACAUGAAUCUAUCAAAAUUGGUGGACGAAGACGAGCCACUGUUCAUGUCCCUAAUCGAAGACAUGUUCCCCGGGAUCAAACUGAGAGUUCAAACGUACAAAGAGCUACAAAGAGCAAUUGCGAAUGCGACGGUUGCACUAGGUAUAAUGAAUCAUCCUGAGUGGAAUCUGAAGACUGUUCAAUUGUACGAAACAUCCUUGGUACGCCACGGUCUGAUGGUGCUCGGACCAACAGGUUCCGGGAAGACACAGUGCAUGUGGGCCCUGAUGAAAGCGCUAACAGAAAUGGGCAUGCCUCACAAAGAAGUCCGAAUGAAUCCCAAAGCCAUAACUGCGUCUCAAAUGUUCGGAAGAUUAGACGUAGCAACGAACGACUGGACAGAUGGAAUAUUCUCGACGAUAUGGAGGAGAUCCACGCACACCAAGAAAACAGACAAUUUAUGGAUGGUUUUGGACGGGCCUGUAGACGCAGUAUGGAUCGAGAAUUUAAAUUCCGUGUUGGACGAUAAUAAAACCUUGACUUUGGCCAAUGGUGAUCGAAUAAUCAUGGCAACGAACACGAAAUUGGUGUUUGAGCCGGAUAACGUAGAUAACGCGUCUCCGGCAACGAUAUCUCGUAUGGGAAUGGUGUUCAUAAGCGCUUCUGUGUUGAAAUGGAGCCCUAUUUUAGAGGGAUGGUUCAAGAAAAGACCACCUGCAUUAGUAGAAAUUCUUCGUCCGUUGUUCCAUAAAAUAUACGACGACGCUCAUACCUUCGUUCAAACGAAGCUUCCCGUGAAAAUGAAGCUCCUCGAAGCGAUUUACGUUAGACAGUGCAUAGAUCUGUUGGAGGGGUUGCUUGGUACACGAACAGAAACACCCAUGCUUCCGGAUUAUCACGUCGAAAAGAUAUUUCUAUUCUCGCUGAUGUGGAGUUUGGGAGCUGUUUUGGAGCUGGAGGAACGCAACGCGUUGCAGGAGUUCUUGGUUACUCAUCCAUCGAAGUGUCAUUGGCCACAGUGCACUGAAGAUGAAACUAUUUUUGAAUACUUGGUGUCGGAAGAUGGCCAGUGGAUACACUGGUCGGAAAGAGUUCCGGAGUUUAUUUACCCUUCGGAUGAAAUUUUGCAAUAUUGCACGAUUUUGGUGCCGAAUAUAGAUAAUACCAGGAGUUUGUUUUUGAUCGAUGUAAUUGCGAAGCAGGGAAAAGCGGUGUUAUUAAUAGGAGAGCAGGGAACUGCAAAAACAGUGAUGAUCAAAGGCUACAUGUCCCAGUACGAUCCUGAAGAACAUUUACACAAAUCCUUCAGCUUUUCCUCGGCCUCCACGCCAAAUAUGGUUCAGAGGGUGUUCGAGAGUUACGUGGAAAAAAGGGUCGGGACUACUUACGGACCACCCGGUGGUCGGAAAAUGAGUAUUUUCAUCGACGACAUAAAUAUGCCGUACAUUAACGAAUGGGGUGAUCAAGUGACGAACGAAAUUGUCCGGCAACUGAUGGAAUACAAAGGCUUCUAUUCUUUGGACAAACCAGGCGAUUUCUGUAUCAUACAGGACAUCCAGUUAUUGGCCGCCAUGAUUCAUCCUGGCGGCGGAAGAAACGAUAUUCCACCGAGAUUGAAGAGGCAAUUCAACAUCUUUAAUUGUACAUUGCCUUCGAACAAAUCUAUGGACACGAUUUUUAAAACUAUUGGACAAGGAUACUUUUGUAGUACCAGAUUCGAGGAGAAUAUCGUGGACUUUUUACCUAAAUUGAUACCCCUAACUAGAGUACUAUGGCAACAGACUAAGAUGAAAAUGUUACCAACACCGGCGAAGUUUCAUUACGUUUUCAAUUUGAGAGAUUUGUCUCGAAUUUGGGAGGGUAUUCUAAGAAUUGAGAGAGCAGAAUGCGACACUGUAACUAGAUUGUUGAAGCUCUGGGAACAUGAAUGUACUCGUGUAAUUGCAGACAGAUUUACAACUAACGAGGACACUCAAUGGUUCAAAAGUACUCUAAGACGAACAGCCGAGAAGAUGUUAGGGUCAGAUUUCAGUUUCUACGUAUCGGUGGAAACCUAUUUCGUCAAUUUUCUACGCGAACCACCGGAACCUACCGGAGACGAACCGGAAGACUUCGUGAUCGAGGCGCCAAAAAUUUACGAAGAAAUACCGAGUUACGAAGCAGUGAUAGCAAAAAUCGAACAAAAUAUGGAUCAAUUCAACGAGUACAUUCGUGGAAUGUCUUUGGAUUUAGUAUUUUUCCACGAUGCCUUGGUGCAUUUGAUUCGUAUAUCGAGAGUCCUUGGAGUACCUCGAAGCAACGGCAUGUUGGUAGGGGUUGGAGGAUCAGGCAAACAAAGUUCUUUGAUGGAGGAUCUAAGAAAGGUUUAUCGCGCAGCUGGUACCGGAAGUAAAGGACAGACGUUCAUAUUCACCGAUAAUGAAAUUAAGGAAGAAGCUUUUCUGGAAUAUAUUAAUAACAUCUUAAGCGUUGGAGAAGUUGCAAAUCUGUUUCCAGCUGACGAACUCGAUGAUAUUUUAACUACAGUAACGCCUAUAAUGAAAGCAGAGGAUCCAAGGCGACCACCAACUCCGGACAAUCUUUAUGAUUUCUUUAUAUCGCGUGCAAGAAAUCAGUUGCACGUGAUUCUGUGUUUCUCACCGGUUGGUGAGAAGUUCAGAUCUCGGGCAUUGAAAUUCCCAGGUCUUAUAUCUGGUUGCACGAUAAAUUGGUUCUGGAGGUGGCCAAAAGAUGCUCUAUACGCUGUAGGCGACCAUUUUCUCCAGAAAUAUAAGAUAAUAUGCACUCCAGAGGUAAAGCAACAGUUAGUGGAAGUUAUGGGAGAUGUGCACGAUGAUGUGAACGAUACUUGUGUGAAAUACUUCGACAGAUUUCGAAGACAGGUGUACGUCACUCCAAAAUCAUUUUUAACAUUUUUGACCGGAUAUAAAGUGUUGUACAAGCAACGUUUGGACAACAUCAAUAUCAUGGCCUAUCGUAUGAGCAAUGGUUUGAAUAAAUUAGUCGAUGCAGCUAUUUUAGUCACUGUGAAUCAGAAGAAAAGCGAGGCAGAAGCGGUGAAAGCACAGGUGCAAGUUUCUAAGGACGAGGCGGAGGCCAUUUUGAAAGUGAUCGCUAAAGAAAAAGCGGUGGCGGAACAGAAGUUGAAAGUUGCUGAACCUGCUUUACUGGCAGCUGAAGCUGCCUUACAAGUNNNNAAAGCUGCUGAUAUUGCCACGGUUCGAAAACUCGGCAAACCGCCAUAUUUGAUUACUCUGAUUAUGGACUGCGUGAUAAUACUGUUUGGGAGAAGAUUAGAACCGGUUAAGCCUGAUUACGAACGACAAUUUUUGACUCCCUCGUGGCCUGAGGCUUUAAAAGUGAUGGCUGACACCAGAUUCCUCUACAACUUGCAAAAUUUCCCAAAGGACAAUAUCAACGCUGAAACCGUCGACCUAAUGCAACCAUACAUGAAUUACAGUUUGUAUACUUACGAAGCAGCGAAACAAGCUUGCGGAAAUGUCGCCGGUCUCAUCCAAUGGACCAUUUCUAUGGUCACAUUUUAUGGAAUAAAUAAAGACGUUCUUCCUCUAAAAGCGAAUUUAGCUGUGCAAGAGAGCAAAUACGAGAAAGCUAAUCGAAAUUUGACGGAGGCCGAAGGUAUGUUAAGAGCCAAAGACGAAGACUUGAAAAUAGUGCAAUCAGAGUUCGAUGCAGUGAUGGAAGAACGUCAAGAAAUAGUGGACUUGGCCGAGGCUUGCCAAGCGAAAACUGAUACCGCGACAGCGAUGAUCGAAGGACUCUCCGGCGAAAGAAUCAGAUGGACGGAGCAAUUAGCUACAUUUAAAUCGGAAACAGAUCGUUUAGUCGGAGAUGUAUUGAUCCUGAUGGGUUUUCUGUCUUAUUGCGGCCCGUUCAAUCAGGAAUUCAGGACUCUGUUGCAACGAGACUGGUUCGACUUUGUGCAAACCCGAAAGAUUCCGAUUUCCCUUGUGAUCAAUAUUACGGCCACUUUGACCGAUACUGCCACGAUUGGAGAAUGGAGCUUGCAAGGCCUUCCAACGGACGAUUUGUCCAUUCAGAAUGGGAUUAUAGUAACGCAGGCAACCAGGUAUCCGCUAUUAAUCGAUCCUCAAUUGCAAGGAAAAGCUUGGAUCAAGAAUAAAGAAGCGGAGUUCCAACUGCAGCCUACGUUGCUUACCAACAAAUACUUCAGGAAUCAUUUGGAAGAUUGUGUUUCUCUGGGUCGUCCAUUGCUUAUUGAGGAUGUAGGGGAGGAAUUGGAUCCUGUUUUAGAUAAUUUACUGGAGAAGAAUUUUAUCAAGAUAGGACUCUCUUUGAAGGUGAAACUGGGUGACAAGGAAGUGGAUAUUCACAAAGAUUUCAGACUCUACAUCACUACAAAGCUACCAAAUCCAUCAUACACUCCAGAAGUGUUUGCUCGUACAGCGAUGAUAGAUUUUACUGUUACUAUAAAGGGAUUGGAGGAUCAGUUGUUAGGAAGAGUAAUUCUAACAGAGAAGAAGGAGCUGGAAACAGAGAAGACACAAUUGAUUGCAGAUGUGACUGCAAAUAAUAGGAAGAUCAAAGAACUGGAAGCUAAUCUUUUGCAUAAAUUAACUACUGUGGAGGGACCUCUGAUAGAAGAUGUAGAAUUAAUGUCGGUAUUGAACGUUACAAAACAAACAGCAGCUGAAAUAAACGAGAAGCUGAGCAUUGCAAAAGAUACAGAAUUGAGAAUCGAUACGGCGCGUGAAGAGUUUAGACCAGUUGCAACUCGUGGUAGCGUUUUGUACUUUUUGAUUUGCGACAUGGCUCUGGUGAACUGCAUGUAUCAAACAUCACUUGUUCAAUUUUUGGAACGUUUUGAUAUUUCCAUGGAAAGGUCUGAGAAAAGUCCAGUGAAUCAAAGGAGAAUUAACUUCAUCAUUGAGUAUCUCACAUUUGAAAUCUUCAGAUACAAGGCAAGAGGCCUUUAUGAAAUUCACAAAUACAUGUUCAUCCUAUUGAUGACAUUGAAGAUUGAUUUGCAACGUGAUGCUAUCACUCAUGAAGAGUUUCAGUAUUUCAUCAAAGGUGGAGCAGCUUUGGAUCUGAAUACUGUUGCACCAAAACCUUGCAAGUGGAUUGCUGAUGUCACUUGGCUCAAUUUAAUUGCACUGUCUGUCUUAAGGCAAUUUCAGUACAUUGUUUCUCAAGUACCUGCUUCUGAAAAGCUUUGGAAGCAAUGGUUUGAUAAAGCAGCACCUGAGGAAGAAGUGAUACCAGAUGGAUAUAAUAAUUUAGAUACUUUUCGUCGUUUAUUAUUAAUCAGAGCUUGGUGUAUCGAUAGAACUUUGUCACAAUCAAGGAAGUAUAUAGCAACUUCUUUAGGAGACAAAUAUGCAGCACCUGUGAUUACACUCUUGGAUGUAAUGCACAGUGAAUCAAGACCAAAUACCCCAAUGAUUUGCUUCCUUAGUAUGGGAUCUGAUCCUACACCUAGCAUAGAACAACUUGCUAAAAAAAUGGAGAUUAUAUGUAGAAGUAUUUCAAUGGGACAGGGACAAGAAGUCCAUGCACGCAAAUUGCUUAAUAGUGCGAAAACUGAGGGUUUCUGGGCAUUAUGCCAAAAUUGUCACUUGGGCUUAGAGUACAUGGCAGAAUUAGUUAAUUUCAUUUUGGAUAUGGAAGAUCCACAUCCUAAGUUUCGUAUAUGGAUUACCACAGAACCUCAUAAGGAGUUUCCAAUAUCUCUUUUGCAAAUGUCUAUAAAAUACACUUAUGAACCUCCACAAGGAGUAAGAGCAGGUUUACUUGCUACAUACAGUGGGAUGAAUCAAGAAAUGUUAGAUCAAUGUGAUGCUCCACAAUACAUACCAAUUAUAUACACAGUAUCAUUUUUGCAUACCAUUGUGCAAGAAAGGAGAAAAUUUGGACCCCUUGGGUGGAAUAUACCAUAUGAAUUUAAUUCAUCAGAUUGGUUGGCAUCCUGUAUGUUUAUUAAUAAUCACCUGAAUGAUUUUGAUGUGAAACAAGGAAUAAGUUGGCUCACUAUAAGAUACAUGAUAGGAGAAGUGCAAUAUGGAGGCCGUGUUACAGAUGAUUAUGACAAAAGGUUGUUGAACACAUUUGCCAAGAUUUGGUUCUCAGAUGUACUUUUCUCAGAAGAUUUUGUAUUUUAUAAAGGAUAUUCAAUUCUAGUUUACAAGCAAGUUACAGAUUACUUAAAAGUAAUAGAUGAAAUGAAUGCUGUGGAUCCACCACAAGUUUAUGGAUUGCAUGCUAAUGCAAAUAUUACGUAUCAGGGUAACACAACACAAACUGUGUUAGAUACCAUAAUGUCAGUGCAACCAAAGGAUGCAGGUAGUGGCGGUGGUGAGUCUAGAGAAGCACUUGUAGCUAGGCAAGCAACAGACAUGUUAAAAAAGUUACCACCAAAUUAUGAUCCAUUUGAGGUGAAAGACAGAUUACACAUAUUGGGUGCCACUGCACCAAUGAAUAUUUUCUUGAAACAAGAAAUUGAUAGAAUACAAAUAGUUAUUAAACUGGUGAACAUUAUUCUCAAAGAUCUUUUACUGGCCAUAGAAGGUGUUAUUAUAAUGAGUGAGGAGUUGAGGGAUGCUCUUGAUAACAUAUAUGACGCUAGAGUACCAAAGGCAUGGAGAGCAAAGUCAUGGGAAUCUUCUUCCCUUGGCUUUUGGUUUACUGAAUUAUUAGAUAGAAACAGACAAUUUUCUACUUGGUUGUUUACUGGUAGACCAGUGAAAUUUUGGAUGACUGGAUUUUUUAAUCCUCAAGGUUUUCUGACUGCAAUGAGACAAGAAGUAACAAGAGCUCAUAAAGGUUGGGCCUUGGAUAAUGUAACAUUACACAAUGAAGUUUUACGGUAUACAGCAGAAGAAGUGAAAACUCCACCUCAAGAGGGAGUUUUUGUAUAUGGACUAUUUCUUGAGGGAGCUGGGUGGGAUAAAAGGUACAACAGAUUAUGUGAAUCAGCAAAUAAAGUUCUAUACGUACUAAUGCCUGUAAUUCACAUUUUUGCCUUGUAUAACUUGCCUGACAAAGACCCAAAAUUAUAUCAGUGUCCAGUCUACAAAAAGCCACAAAGAACAUAUGUGCUGCUGAUAACACCACUAUGGUUACAAACACACAGACCUCCUGAAUUUUGGAUUCUACGCGGAGUUGCAUUAUUGUGCGAUGUUAAAUAA